UCCAGGUGGCUCCGGGUGGCUCCAGGUGGCUCCGGGUGGCUCCGGGUGGUCCCAGUCCUGCUCCCACCCAGACCCCCCCGAUGGAUCCGACUGCCCGGGGACUGAGGGCAGGGCAGGCCCCCGGGGCAUCGCGGGGCUCAGCUGGCCUGGUCCUGGCCCGGUGAAGAUGUGCCAAGUGGGCCACCUCAAUGCCGGCAGCCACCGAAAGGUGCUGAUGAAAACGGGGCUCAUCCUCCUCAUCCUCGGCCACCUCAUCUUCAUCACCGGGGCGCUCGUGCACGGCUCCGUGCUGCGCUUCGUGGUCACCGCCCGCGACGCCACCGCGCUGCACUACGGCAUCACCAACAGCGCCUCUGUCCUUGCUGCACUGCUGACCAUCUCCUGUGGAGUCUCUGCCCUGCUGCUGUCCCGCUACCUCGGCCCUGCUGCCUUUAAAUGGGCACUGCUGGCCCUGAGCGCCUGCAGCAGCCUGUGCUGCCUGUGCUGCCUGCUGGGGCUGCUCGUGGCCAUCGGGCUGACCCUGGGCAACCAGGGCCGGGCCUUGCUGGCCCCCUGCUCCAUGACUAGCGUCGAACUCACCCCGGUCUCCCGCGAGUGCCCCUUCGAUCCCACCCGCGUCUACAGCUCCACGCUGUCCCUCUGGGCCAUCUCCCUCCUGCUCGAGGCCGUGGCGAUCUUCUUCAGCAUCCGCUGCCUCCUGCUCACCCUCGAGCUCCUCCGCCCCGGCCGCUGCUGCCGUGGGGUGCUCCGGAUGAAGGUCUCUUUGCAGGCCCCUGUGGAGAGCCCCGGCCCCGGGCAGUGCCUGGCCUUGCUGAGACUGGGCAGUGUGGAAAUUGCCCGGCUCUGAGCAGGGCCUGAGGGGUAAAACACCCUGUGGAUGUGUCCUGGCCGUUCCUGCCCCAUCCCAGCACGGCACAGCCCCACGACAGGACUCAGCUGCCUCCCGGGGUGUGUGGAGGAUCCCCUGGAACACGAGCCCACCCCACGGCCUGGGGCUGCAGCGAGGGAGGAAACGGGGCUGGAUCCAGACCCUGCAGGGAGGAACUUUCCCCAGGGGUUCCGUGUCCCCUUUCCCAGCAUGGACUGCACUGACACAAACUUUAUUCUGCAGGUAUUAAAGACCAGAAGCACAGCCCCACCCCCUGCACUGGCUGUGGGGAGGGGGCUGACCCAGCCCUGGGACCCCCCAGGCACCGGGGCUUUGUCCCCUGGGCUGUGUCCCCACACCUGCAGCGGUGGCUUGGCCACCAGCCUGUCCCCCCGGGCUGGGCUGUCCCCCUGUCCUCACUCAGGGCAGACCCUGCCUCCAUCCUCCCACCAGUCAAACCAGUGCAGGAGCCCCCCGGGGAUGGGGACUGGGCCCAAUCUCAGCCGGGCUCCAGCUCUCAUCCCACGAGGGGGUGUGGGGACACAGCGGGGACUGCAGGGCAGGGGACAGUGACC